AUGCCUGACACCUCGGUUCCUGCUUGCUUCCUGUGCCUCCUCGCCUUAUCCUCAGCCUGCUACAUCCAGAACUGCCCAAGAGGAGGCAAGAGGUCCUACCCAGACACAGAAGUGCGACAGUGCAUACCAUGUGGCCCAGGGAAUAGAGGCAAUUGCUUUGGACCAAACAUCUGUUGCGGAGAAGACUUAGGAUGUUAUAUUGGGACCCCCGAGACGCUGCGCUGUGUGGAAGAAAACUACUUACCCUCCCCCUGUGAGGCUGGUGGAAAGCCCUGCGGUGCUGGAGGCCGAUGUGCUGCUCCGGGGGUAUGCUGCAAUGACGACAGUUGCACUAUGGAUUCCAGCUGCCUGGAUGAAGACAGCGAGAGGCAGCGAGUUUCCCCAGAUCAGAAUAUGACCCAGAUGGACGGACCAGCCAGCGACCUCCUCCGGAGACUUAUGCAUAUGGCAAACAGGCAACAGCAGCAGCAGACAAAACACUACUGA